AUGGAGCCACGACGACGGCCAGAGUACCACAUUGACAUCUUCGCCGACCUGGCCUGUGUGAAGGAUGUCGUCAAAGCGAUACUACACACGAUAUUCUUCCACCGCUACUUCACCUCGAUACUGCCGCUCACGCGCGACCUGCUCGACCUGACCCUCCCCGCCAUUGACGACGUCGACCUCGAGACGCUCAUCGAGCAACGGACCAUGGCGCUGGUCAGGGCCAUAGAAGGCACGCACCAGCAGCGAGGGCGGGGCCAGCUGGUAGUGCAGUUCUUCGAGAAGAAGCGGAAAAAGGCCUACUUCUUUGGCCGUGCCGAAGAGGACGUGUGCUGGGAGCAGUGGACGCUGGACGUGACGCUCGCGCAGCCCCGAACCGAGACUGUGCGCCGGGCCAUGACCAAGUCGCUGGAAAAGGCCGCGCACAAGAUCAUCUCCAUCGUGAACCGUGACAAGGACCACAUCCCACCCAUUACCACUACCGACGCGAACCCCUUCCCGUACCAGAUCGUCGUGAACCCCAAGUCCGUCGCAGAGAACGACUGGCGGCCCAGGAUCGGACUUUUCUAG